GACCGGUAACUGGCCGGGUAGGGCGGACGGAACAGAGGUCAGACGGGAGACACCGGGCCGGACGGACACACAGCUAGAACUGAACUGAGUCUAUAUACCCUGGAACUGAGAGGCGUUGCAUCAUUUGAACUGGGUGCCAAACCGGCUCCUUCGUCUCCAGCUUUGAGGAGGAGGCAAGUCCGGGCUUCUUCCACUUCGUAAUUAAAUCGAACAAGGAUGAAGACCUUAAUAUUUUUCUUCACGACAGUAUUAUUGAACCAGCUAGCUGAAUGUAGUCUGCAAGAUGACUAUUUUAAACUUUCUGCAGAAGAUAUUGAUGGAAAUGAAGUUAAAUUUGAAAAAUUCAAGGGAAUGGUGACGCUCGUGGUAAACACUGCAUCACUCUGCGGCUUCACGGACGGCCAUCUGAGGGACCUCACCCGGCUGCACGACAUCCUCUCCUUCGGCGACCUCUUCAGUGUGCUCGCCUUCCCGUGUAACCAGUUUGGCGAGCAGGAGCCGGGCGAUCCGGCGCAGAUCAAACAGUUCAUCCUGGUUAACUACAACUCUGAGUUCCCGAUCUUCAACAAAGUGGAAACGAUCGGCGAGAACGCUCACCCCGUCUACAAGAAUAUCAUCGCCCAGUCGUCCACCCCGCCGGACUGGAACUUCUACAAGUACCUGGUGGAUCACACGGGCAGGGUAACUCACUCCUGGGGGCCCAAAGUGACCAUCCCGCAGAUAUUCCCGCACGUGCAGCAGGCCGUGGACGCGGCGUGGGUGGCGCGUGGUGGCGGCGACAUGGCUGACAAGCCGUCAGAGCUGACCCGUGACGAGCUCUGAGAGGGCGGAGUGGUACAGUGACGGGGUGCGGGGGAAGGUGAGGGGAGGGAGAGGUGUUUGGCUGUCCACUCAUGUCUAAGUGGUCAGUGGGUGGUUACUGUUGCACUGUUGCAGGGUAAUGUCUGGAAUUCGUCGGAUUUCGGUGCAUGCUAGAUGAGAAGAUUUUGCUGGUUAGGCCAGUCUGGGGAGGCCUGUUUUGGACUGCUGUUGGGAUUUGUCUCGGAGUUUUGUAUGCUAUUUUAUAUGGUCAGAAUGGGAGGUGAUCGUUCGUUCGAUCGUAUAUCAGCUGGCGCAAUGCUCUUGCUUGGACCUGCUAGAAGUUCAGCUCGUUUGCUUGGUGACAUUUACAUAUCGAAAAGGGGCAUACUAUUUGUCGGCCAGGCUACUGCAUUGUAUGAGGUUGAACUGAACCGUCUCUGUAUAUGCUCUCCGUUUGAUAUUCGACGCCACCGUAUAACUGCGAAGUGAUAUGUGCACACCUUUUCGCCGAUUUCAAGGCAGCCAGUUAUGGUAUAAAUUAUUCAUAUGACUGCUAGACACUUCAUCCGCCGCCCUGUUCUCAACAUGGAACUUGUUCUUACCCGGCUCUCCGGGGUGACAAAAAUCUCUGCCUGUCUCCGUGUCAGAACUAGCGGUGCCCGGUGUAAUCCCCGCCCAUCCCCUGGCCGGACCGGUCCGUCCGACCCGUCCCCGGCUCAGCUCGUGCGGGGCGGAGCGGCGACGCGGAGCGGCCAGCUCCACCCGUGACGCGUCCGUGAUCUGUCGGGUUCAGAUCGUGACCGAAAUCACGCCUGGGGGAGGGGGGGCGGCGCUAGCGGGAGUGGUGCAGCGGUACCGAUGAGAUACCAAGUACAGUGAGUGUUUCAAUGUCUUCCUGUUCGUCAAAUUUGUGUGACUCGCUUAUUUGUAGAAAUGUCUUCGCCACUUAGUGGAUUGGCACUGUGUACUUUGGGGAUGUAUCACGAGAUUGUACCAGUUGAUGGCUGUUUUCGUCAACGAACUCUCCAGCUAUUGCUGAUUCUCAUAGGAAUGUCUUCGUAAGACGUUGUACCGCGGUCUGCAUGAAACGCUUUUUGAUACGAUAUUACACCAGAUACUUAUUGAA